AUGGCGAACGGGAAACCGGAAUUCACGUGUUACCACACGGAACACCUCCCCUGUAAUGAAGCGGAUCGCAAGUUCGGGCCGUCGCUCGACAUGAUCCGCGAUUUAGAGCUCUCCCGCGCGGACCGCGAGAUGCUGCACGUGCUGCGCCGCUUCCGCUGGCAGCGCGAGGAGCUGGCGCUGCAGGUGCCGCGGCGGGAGAGGAAGGUGGCGUUCAUGUUCCUCACAAAAGGGGCUGUACCGCUGGCUCCGCUCUGGGAGAGAUUCUUCAAGGGCCACGAGGGGCGGUAUUCCAUCUACGUGCAUGCCUCCCCAGACUACACCUUCCCCAAGAACGCCUCUACCCUCUUCAGCAACAACACCAUCCGCAGCGAGCAGGUGGGAUGGGGGCUACCCACCAUGGUGGACGCAGAGAGGCGCCUUAUGGCUGCUGCUCUUGCGGAUCCAGCCAACCACCGCUUUGUGCUGCUCUCCGAAUCGUGCAUUCCCGUGAAGAGCUUCAACUACAUCUGGGACUACCUGAUGGGCACUCGCUACAGCUUCGUCUCCAGCUUCUUCAUUGAUCGCCCGGUGUGCUCUGGCCGGUACGACAAGCACAUGCAGCCCAAGAUCACACUCAGCCAGUGGCGGAAGGGGUCGCAGUGGUUUGCGGCCACGAGGCGGCAUGUGAACAUCAUCAUCGAUGACGACAGCAUUCAUGCACUCUUCCAAAAGUACUGCCGGGGCGACAAGUGGCAUCACCACUGCUACGCGGAUGAACACUACAUUCCAACCCUUCUCAAUAUAAAGGAGCCCAGUCGAGUGGCCAACCGCACCAUCACCUAUGUGGACUUUCCUCCCCUGCAGCAGCACCCCACCUCCUUCCUGCCUCCCAACGUCACUGAGGACCUCUUUCAGAACAUCACAAACUUCACAGUGAGUAGGGGGGAGGUGGGGAAGGUGGGGAAGAGUGGGGAAGAGUGGGAAUGUGCAUGUUUGGAGGGCUUCCCUCCCCUGCAGCAGCACCCCACGUCCUUCCUCCCUCCCAGAAUCACUGCGGACCUCUUUCAGAACUUCACAGUGAUUGGAGGGGUACGAAGAUCUUGUUCUCACCAUCCUGUCUCUGCUUGUUCUCACCAUCCUGUCUCUGCUUGUUCUCACCAUCCUGUCUCUGCUUGUUCUCACCAUCCUGUCUCUGCUUGUUCUCACCAUCCUGUCUCUGCUUGUUCUCACCAUCCUGUCUCUGCUUGUUCUCACCAUCCUGUCUCAGCUUGUUCUCACCAUCCUGUCUCUGCUUGUUCUCACCAUCCUGUCUCUGCUUGUUCUCACCAUCCUGUCUCUGCUUGUUCUCACCAUCCUGUCUCUGCUUGUUCUCACCAUCCUGUCUCUGCUUGUUCUCACCAUCCUGUCUCUGCUUGUUCUCACCAUCCUGUCUCUGCUUGUUCUCACCAUCCUGUCUCUGCUUGUUCUCACCAUCCUGUCUCUGCUUGUUCUCACCAUCCUGUCUCUGCUUGUUCUCACCAUCCUGUCUCUGCUUGUUCUCACCAUCCUGUCUCUGCUUGUUCUCACCAUCCUGUCUCUGCUUGUUCUCACCAUCCUGUCUCUGCUUGUUCUCACCAUCCUGUCUCUGUCCGCACCCCUUUUUUCUUCCAUGUGUGUUGUCUCAGCCGUUUUCUCUGUCCUUGUCUCCCCCAUGUUUCAGGAGCCCCUAGACUACAGAGCCCCUAG